CCGACCAACCAAUCCAGCCGCCGUCACAUGACGUCAGCUGUGCGUGAAGACACAGUUAAACUCAAUUCAAACUUCUCCUGAGAUUUGUGUCCAUGAUAAACAGCCGAACUGCUGUCCGGAGCGCAUGAGAGCAGCUUUAGCAGAUGUUGAAUUUCACAUGAACCUGUCAGUUUACUUCUAAGCGAGCCCUGCCGAUCCUCCAGGAGCUUUUUUCACCGACUCUUCUACUCGAAGGAGUCCACUGGGAGCUGCCAGUGGAGCGGUCGUGGACGCUCACGGACACCUGACAGCCACCAUGUCUGGUUUAGCUCUUCAGGUAAGAGGGGAAGCUAUCGUUUUAUCAAUUAGAUUCAGUUCCAUUUGUCAGCUGACAUUAGAUACCAACUUUACACCUGUAAAUGUUACCUUUCGUCUAAUUUAGCUGAGUUAAAUGACGCUCUUCAGGUGUUACAGUGACAGAAAGGUGCACUGGAUUUUCCUGUUCGUCUUGUUUGUCUCUCAUAGUUCCUCUGCCUUUCAGCUGGUCAGACAAAAACCUUUAAUAACUGUUGCUUUAAAGACUCAGUUUCAUCAGCAGGGUAAGGUAAAGAGCUGGAAACACCCCGUGUCUGCUUCUAUGGGUUUAUUCAAAUAAAGUCAGCUCAUAAUUUGUGUAUAAUUUGUUUGGGCAGCCCUGGUAGUCCUCCCUGUCCUGAUAAAAGAUGUGCUCAAUAGAGUUUUGUUUCCUUCACUCCUGUUGAGAUCUUAUCAAAAUAUCAAACUUUUAUGGAAUCUGACAUAUCUGUCAACCACUAAAAUAGUUAUUUUCCACAGAUUUUGUCAGAUGAAAUGAAUAUCUUCUCAAACUCAUAGUGUUAAAAUGCAAGUUUAUUGUUUUAUUAGGUGGUGCACUUGUUUUGAUUGGCAGGAGGUGUGUCCUCUGCGUAAAGAUACCUGUAAUUCCCACACAAAAGACAGCCUCUUGGGCCUGUAAUAGAGACACUUACUCAGAGCAGAGCAAUAAUAAUGCAAUGCUGUCUGAAGUCCUUAGUUUAUUUGAGUAUCAUAUGGCUUGAGCAGGGACUGUAAGCUUAUAUAAACCCAUAUGUCUUAAAGAAUUAAGACAUUGGACAUGAAGUUCUUUGUAAAGGAUUUUUUUGCAAUUACACAACACCAACCCCACCACAAUCUCUAGAUGUUGAUUGUACAUAAACAUAUGGAAAAGAAAUUGUCAUUUUGAAGUUGUUGUCAGCAGCAUAUUUAUAAAAAGUUAUAAGAGGAUCAACCAAACAGGUCAGAAGUUAUGUCAUGCUUAAAGAACAGCUUGAGGAACAUCACUAACUAAUGAGGUUUAAUUUCCAACAGGUUAGUGACAUGACUGGGUAUUAAAAUGACAUUCAGAGAGGCUGAGUCUCUAAUAAGGAAAGAUGUGAAGAGGUUCACCACUCUGUGAGAGACUGUGUGAGCUAAUAGUUCAACAGUUUUUUAAUAAUGUUUCUGAGUGUCAAAUGUGAAAGAAUGAGAGGAUUUCAUCAAAUUCAGAACAUAAUAUCAUUAAAAGAUUCAGAGAAUCAUAAACACCAGAGACUUCUCUGGACCUGAGCCCCUUUUAAGAUGGACUGAGGGAAGAGGAAAACUGUCCUGUGGUCUGAAGAAUCAAAGUCUAGAAUUCUUUUUGGGAAUCAUGGAUCCUAUUUUUUUUUUCUGCGAAGAGGGACCACCCAGCUAGUUAUUAGCUCUCAGUCUAAAGCCAGCAUUCUUGAUGAUAGAGGGAUCAUAAGUGUCCAUUCCAUAGGUAGCCUACACAUCUGUGAAGGCUCCAUUAAUGCUGAACGAUAUACAGGUUUAGGAGCAACAUGUGCUGCCAUCCAGACAAAGACUUUUUCAGGGAAGAUCUUCAUAUUUCAGCAUAAUAAUGAGAAACCACAUUCUGCAGGGAUUACAACAGCAUGGCUCUGUAGUAGAAGAGUCCUGGUAAGAGUCCAUGGUAAACAUGAUCCUGUAACAACAUUUUAAAACAUGUUGCUGGCUUCAAAUGUAAGAGGAGCAUGUAUUUUUCAUUUUCCAUGACAUGUUUCAGUUUCAACAUCUGAUAUGUUGUCUUAAAGUCUGCUCUUGCCUGAACAGGCAGCCAAUAAAAGGAAGUUAGCAAUGGAGUAAAAUGCUAUUUACAGCAUAUGUUAUGCUGUAUAACAUAUUUAUGUUAUACAGUCAGAAUACAAGCUUCCAUAUUCUGAAUCAGCAGCAGACCCUGUAAACUCCUCUUUGGCAAACCAGGACCAGAGAGGUCCGUCAACUUGAGUCUGUAUCAAGAGUGAGAGAGCAGCCAUACCAGUUAAGAAACUGUCCAUCCCUAGAUCUGGUUUAAUUUGUCUCUGAGGCAUCUUCUUCCAUCUUAGUAAAAUGCAGUUCUUUUGUGGUUUGCGGUGCUCCCAUAAUUCAACAAUAACAUUCAGGGAGAUGAAGUGUGUCACUUUAGGGCGGUGGUUUUUAACUGCUGAGCAAGAUGAGAUUAAUUAUAUAAUAGAGUCUGUCCUGACUGUAGUAGAAACAAAUGCUUGAUUGUGCAAUCUGCAACAGCACAGGACAUUGGAUAAUAAUGUUGCCUAUUAUGCCAAGGCAUGUGUGUGUGUGUGUGUGUGUGUGUGUGUGUGUGUGUGUGUGUGUGUGUGUGUGUGUGUGUGUGUGUGUGUGUGUGUGUGUGUGUGUGUGUGUGUGUGUGUGUGUGAGUGAGUGAAUCAUUCUUAAGUGAUGACAAAAUGACCUGAAACUUACAGAUAUCAGUGAACGAUUUAAUCUGAGUUCCUGCUGAUCUUAAAAAAGUCUUAAACUAGAUCUUUAAACUUGACAAAAUUUAAUGUAUUAUUCUAGUUUUGGAAGGUUGAGAUAUUCUAUCAGAUCCACACUAUUUAGAUAGCAUUAUAAAAUAUUCAAUGAUUCUUUUUUGUGGAUUUACUUGUUCAUGUGACAGUUCACAGCAUUCUCGGCAGUUUAAUUAAUUUGCAGUAGAAGAUAUGACAAAUGCUAAUACAAGGAAAUUGGGUUUCAAGCUAAAAAAGUACAGGGGAUGGUUGGCGGGGGCAAUUUGAACUUCUCAACUCGAGACUUCACAUUAAAUCAAAAACGCUGAAACCCUGACAACAUAGAAUAAAACUGUUCAUCCAUCAGGGGGAAGUACUGAGCCAUUUAUUGUAGCAAAUCCAGCACUAGUUUUCCUGAAAUACUGAACCUUUCCAGUGAUUUCUAUUUUAUUAUAAAAAGUUCUUUUUAUUUCCAAGUUUGUUACUGAGUGAACCAAUUUUCUGAGCUCUGUUUCUGUACUUGUUUGUUAAUGUUUUAUCUUCAAAUAUGUCAUGAUGUGUUGAGAGAACAUCAAUCUAACACCUCAGUUAUCAGAGAUUCACUCAGCUGUUGUUUCUCCUGCAGAGCGGGAACCUGCAGGAUCUAGAUGAGGGUGAUAUUCUCGAUCCAGAGUUUCAGCAGCGUCUGGAGGACGCUCGCACUCUCCUCAGGCAGGAAAUCCAGAGAGAGCUGAAGAUCAAAGAGGCGGCUGAGAGGCUGCGCAGAGCCGUCACCAAUCGAAAGAGUGCGGCCAAUGUGGAGGGCCAGCUGAAGGCCUCGAGUCGUAAGCUGGAGAAACUGCACUGGGAGCUGCAGGAGCUCAACGCACGCUCUAUGGCCACAGAGAAAGAGAGCACCACAGGUACAUGAAACAGAUCAUUUGUUCACAGCUGUUUAAAAGAAAAGCCGACUGUUGGACUUUUUAUGCGAAGAUAGAAACAGAACGAGAACUCAGACAACAGAAAGACACCAAAAAGACAGAGAUAGACUUUCUUUUCAAAGUCCAGGAGGAGAUAGACAGAUAAAUAAAUACACUUUUAUUCAUCUUUAGUAGCCGGUGAAUUAUGUUUCUUGUGAGGGAAAUACAUAAGGUUAUUUUUUUUUAAUUAUCAGCUGAUUCAAUCGGGGAUUUUUUUUAAAAUGUAGACUUAAGUGUAUCACAACAUAACUCCGAAUGGCCACACAAACAUCAAUUAUAGAGACAUGAACACACAGAAGUAGUUUUACAACAACAGCCAAUAAACUGAUUUAAUGUUUCAAAUCUGCAAAAUAUAGAACGCGUAACAAAACACACUUUUCACAAACGUGGACUUCGUGGACUUGUUUAUUACAAAUAAGACUCAAGGUGGUUUCAGUGAGGUGGAGCAACUGUUCAGACUGUCUUAAAUAAAGCUGUUAGAGGGUUUCAAGGCACUAGAUGGUGCUGCGUUUGUAGAGUUUAAUGCUCCAAAGCUUUGAAUCUUGUUUUCAGCACAAAUAAACAACUUUAUAGUAUGUCUGCAGAGCCAGAGACUGCGGUUUCAGGACUGCGUUUUGCCCUUUUAUAGUUUUAGUUAAGUUCGGUCAAUGAAAAGAUCAUCACAAUUUAGUCUGUCUUUAAACUUAUUUAAUGAGCCAAACAGAUAUGAGUAUGAAGUUUGUAUCGAGUUUCACUCUUUUACGUGUGUUGUGUUACUUCAGGACUGUAACUCCUGAGCUGUAUUUCUAGUACUUGUGUGUAUUUAAACAGUUAAGGUUAGUGUAAGAGUUCUGGUUAUCUGCACUGAGUGGUGCCUUUGCAAUAAUACCAGUUUUAGAAUUGGGGACCAGAAAUGCAGUGCUGAAUCUGCAGCCUCCAAGUCUGCACACAUGUAGCAGAAAGCUUCCUAAGACAUGAUUUCAUUUUAUAUAUUUCUUUAGUGUAAAUAUGUGUAAAUAAAACUGUAUUGAUCACCGCAGAAGAGGCAAAAUCCUUCAAAAAGGAACCACAGCAGGUUGAGAUAAUUAACUCGAAUCAUUUUGUUGCAGGUGCCUCUGAUGAAGUGGACAUCCAUUCAGCCGAGUCGUGUCAGUGGGAAGAGGUCACGUCACCUCUGGCUAAUCGAGUCCGGACUCUGAAGAAACAGCUCACUAUGGAGACUAAAGUCAAACAGGGGGCAGAGAACAUGAUCCAGACCUACAACAACGGCUCUGUCAAGGUUCAGUAAAGUCUUAGACACAGAUGAUCUCCUCUUUUUUGUUUUAAAGUAUACUUCCCGAUGCUUACAUGCUCUCGAGGUCAUAUUAAUACUGUUAAUUUACUUCACAUAGUUUGAUGCAGCAGGUUUCAGCCUUUUACCUAAGCCUUGACUGAAAGUCCAGUCAAACAGGCUCACUUGUUGAACUAUGAUAUUGUGGUUUAAUGUUACUGUCAGCGUUUAAAACAAUUAGCAAAAUAUUGUCAGAUUAAUUAGCCAUGUUUUGAGUAAAAGGGGAACAAAUAAAGCACAGUUUCUUUAAUGGCCCUAUAGUCAUGAUGGUGAAAGUAAGACCCCCAUAUAAUGCAAUUGUAUACAUGAUCUAAGAAUAGAGCUUGAACUUCCCGCCCUGAAGAUGCAGGUUUAUUAAAAAAAUGAGGGAUAAACACAAUUUACUUGUUAUUCGUUUUAGAACUGAACAGUGAGACAUGGACUGACAUUGUGUUUCAAAAUUUCCUGUUUCAUUUCCAGGACAGGAAGAUGCUGUCCAGAGCACAGCAGAUGUUGCAGGACAGUCGUACAAAGAUCGAGCUGCUCCGCAUGCAGAUCAUCAAAAUCGGUCAGGCCAGAGAUGGAGAACGAGAAAGCUCACAGGGUAAAUAUUGCCCAUUAUCAACUGCUUUCACCUGGCUUUAUAAUCUCCUGCAUUGCUCUGUAUAGUAACUCAUUAUUGACAAAUCUAACCGUAAAAAGUCCUGCAUAUGGGCAAGAGCAGAUGUAUGCUCCACGUUGAGUGCAAACACAAUGAUGUAGAAAAUGCAAACUCUAAAAGCCUCACAAAGUGAUUUUCUGUUUCCACCCUCAGGCCAGCCUGACGAGAUGAUCAGCUCUCUGGAGCUGCGUGUGACUGAACUCAUGCAUCACAUGAAGAUUGAAUCAGCUGUAGCAGAAGGAGCGAAAAAUGUGGUGAAGCAGAUGAGUGGGAGGAAAAUCCAGGACCGCAGAAUACUGGGAGAGGUGGGAAUGAGCGGGAUGGACCCUGGGUUACACCAAGUAUUAGCCUGGGGCAGUUUGUUUCUUAACCACUGCCUGCCUGGCAGUGUAUGACAAAAAACAUAACGUUGUUAUCACCCAUCUGAAAAGCUUCAUGCGGCUCACUGAUCAGGGGCUAAGUAGUGCUAAGACAUAUAUUUUUAUAGGAGAACAUGAAGAUUUAUAACACACAAAUCACAAGUAAUCACAGAGUCUCUGUCGGCCAGCCUCAGUGGCGAUGGAGACUCCAACAGUCUGGAAAUGUUUUGAAAUGAAGAGGAGUUGUGUUCAUAUUCUCAGGAAAGAUGUGUCUCAAUGUGUCUUUCUUUGUGUCCUUCAGGCUCAGGCCCGUAUGGAGGAGUCGUCUCAGAAGGUGGACUUGUUGCGUCUUUCUCUGGAGAGACGUUUAAGUGAGCUUCCUGCGGAUCAUCCCAAACAUACCUCCAUCAAAGAGGAGCUCGCAUCGGGGUCAUCUCCUUCGUUAGGAACACCAAAGAAACACUCCAAAGCUCCGUCCUCGUGCUCGUCUUCCUCCUUCUUCAAACCCGCCAGUAUAACAGGUCCUUAUUCUCACAUCCUGUCGGUUUAUUUAUGGAAAUAGUGUCAAUUAUUUUGCUUUUUGUCAACUUAUUAAUUUACACUUAACGCUCUUCCUCAGGUCGUUUGGAGGUAUGUUUGAAAGGCUGUCAGGACCUGUUAGAGUCUGUACCAGGUCGUAGUCGUGUGACAGGUUCCUCUUCCCCGAGUUUCUCAGAAGGAAAGUCUCUGAAGGUGAAAUCUGGCCUAUCAGGACGCAGCAUCAACGGGAGGACCAACAAGUCCGACGACCUUUCCGGUAUGUUUAAAACUUGAUCAAACGUGACAAUUUCCCUUCACAAAUCUGAAGUUCAUGUGUGUUAAAACUGUUCUGUGAUCUGCCAUUCAGACACGUAUUUGAUGUGUAAAGCAGGGGUCAGGGACUCUGUCUAUAAAACGAGACAUUUUUGCCCACCCUUUUUUUGUCUUCAGCUACAGAACAUAGCAGUGAUAUGAUUACUUUAAGCUGGCAUUUCCGUCACAAAAACUUCCUUUUGUUGCAUUUUAGAAUAAGAAAUACAAUAAAGAAGAGCUUUCAGAUUUUUACUUGGUUAUGCUAUCUUUCAACAAAAUGCAAAACUGAACGUUUAAAAGAAAUGACUUUAGAGUGGCAAUGACCAGCUGCAGUCAUCUCUGAGAAAAUAUGAAAUACAGCAGCAAAGUGUGGUCUUGGUUGACUGUAGAUCAAACAAAGACAGAAAAUAUAGGCACACUUUAAGUCCUUCUCUCUGUAAAUGAAGGGAGUAGUUCUCUUCUCUGUCAUCAGCCAAAUAAUCGACCUCGAAGCCUGAGCAUUAAACAAAAGACAGCAGGUGGGGAUUAUAAAGCGAGCCUUCUCACAUUUAAUAUGACUAUUUCUUCUAUAAUUCAUCAAUGAUUAUAAUUUAUCUAUGCAUACAGCACCUUUAAAAACAUGGGUUUACAUAAUUCACAAGAACAAAGUCCUAAAACCCAAAGAAGUCAGAGAACAAAAUAGACAGAAUGAUAAAGAUGAGCUGAACACCAAAAUCACUAAAAAUGACUACAAUAAUUAAAGGCCUCAUGAAUAAAAACCACACACUUAAAUGAAAGCCUAAAAAAUUAUCAACCCAACAUCACAAGAGCCUCAGCAACAGAAGAACUCAACAGCAUGAAGUGGAAUUAAGAGGGUGAGAAGCUAUAUGAUAAUGUGAGGAGACCAGGAGGUAAAGUAGGUGAACUGACUGUAAAAUAAAACUGUGACCCUCAAACAGCCUGCAUGCUCUCAACUGUGAGGCAGAGCUGUUAAGAAAAUCUGCUCAAACAAGUCAUCCAAAAAUGAACAGGACUCCACAAGUAAGUUUCAUCAAAUAAAGACUGAAGAAGAGCAUUUAAAGUAGGCCUGCAGGUCUGUUUCUUUGACAAAAACUGAGCAGGUGUUUUCUAAAUGUGUCUCUUUCUUUGUUCAUCAGCUCCUUUAUGUGUUUGUGAUUUUGUGUCUCAGCUGAGGUGAGCGUGGUACUGAAGGUGGACAGCAGGGUUGUUGGUCGAACACACUGGAGGCCGCCUGGAAAUGAAGCCUGGGACCAGAGCUUCAACAUCGAGCUGGAACGGGUCAGUCCUUUAAAUCUAAAAUCUAAUCAUAACCAAGCCAGAACCAGCAGACUGCAGACAACGCUGAUGUUGUGACAGUGAGGAUUUUAUGUGGAGAAAAUCAUCAAGACAGAAAAGUUUGUUACCGUGCACAAACAGCAGUCACAAUUAAAUGAAAUCAAACCAACUCAACAAAUGGACUAACGUGGGGAACAGACGUAUGAAACGUAACAUCCUGAUCAAAUGUAAAUGAGUUUCUGACACUCGUCUGGAUGUCUCUCACUAAGUGACGUCUGAUUCAGUCCGGAUGGUGAACAUCUGUUAACAGCUUUAGAUCAAUGAAGCCGACCGCUCACAUCUUGUCCUUCACUCAAGUCUGUCUUUGAUACUCUGACCGCACUCAUGUAAUCCCACUGAUAAUCCUGGGACAUUUGCUCUAAUCUGGCUUUAAACACACAAAACCCAUAGAAGCAUCUCUGCUGAAGAUUUCUGAUGAUGCUUUUCACAUCCCGGCUCUGAUUCUCUGUAUUUAUUUUGCAUACACUCAUCAGUUUACAGAGACUCAGAGAGGGGUUUACAUCAUCGCCUGUGUCUCAGAUGGAUUUUUUUCAACACAAAGAAAGAAACGUGACGUCGCUAUGAUGUCAUUUAGGCUAUUUCAUGCAGAGCGCAGAGAUAAUGUAAAGCCUACAUUAACUGGCUGCGUAGAGUUAAUCUUCAGUCAGGCUUUCUGGACAGACCAGGGAUGAAGCAGAACUAUUAUACCCUGAGAAACCCGGAGCAAGUUUCUACUGCAGCUCCUUGACUCUAAAUCUGUCCAUCUGCAUCCGUCCUGUUGACAGUACGGACACUCUCUCAUUUUAAGCUUCAGUCAGUCUGUGUCUCUUCCUGUUUCCUCUGUAAAUGACUGUAACCCGCCUCCACCACAGCUCCUCUUUUAGUGCUGCGUCAGAUUUUACCAGGGUCAUACGCAUCGUCACUGAUAUCUGCUCUGCUCUGUAUGCCGGGGGUCUUUGCUCACGCUCUUCCUGCCCCGGGAUUUCCAUGUUUGCUCAUGAGACAGACAGAGGUGUGUUCUUGCUGCCUCAGGCUUUGGCCUUCCUCAUUCAGAUGUGAAAGGACUCUCAGAACAGAGCCAUACCACCAAAUACAACUUACUGCAUGAAAUAAUGAAUUCUCUUGAACUGAACUGGUCAUGACUGAAAUAUUGUUUUGUGUGAGAAGACACCAUCGCAAACAUCUUUAAAAGUGUUAACUUAAAUUGAAAGACACAAAACCCUUUUUAUUUUGUGCAAAUCCGCAUUUUAUUCUGUCUUCUUUUUUGAAAAUCGAUUCUUGUUUGACUGAAAGUAGACACUCAUUACAGCAGGUGUUGUUUACUUUCCAGAAAGUUUGAACAAAGAUUUAAUUGAUUGAGCCCCUACUUUUUACUUCAAUUUUCUUUAAGCACAAACUGAGAGUUAUUGAGGCCAAUUCCCACAAUAUGCACUUGUUUCUCAUAAUGUGUUUAAGUUCUGUGUCUUAUUUAUGAAAAUAUGUAACUGUAUUUCGUCUUUGCUGCCUCUUGGCUAGGAUGAGGUUCUUAAUCUCAGUGGGAUAUUUUCUGUUUUAAACAAAGGUUAAAUCAAAAUCAAUAAACUAGGCUGAGAGCUGUGCAAAAACAGAUCAAAUUGAAGGUUUUUACAUCUCUGUUUACUCUCUUUUAAUAAAAACAGCAGAAAAAACAGUUGAAUCACAUCACUGUACCGUGGCUAUCACAAAAAAAAAAAAAAAAACAACCCUGCUGCGAAAAUACUGUUUUGUCCAGAGGCUAAAUGUUGAUCCAUUUUAGGACUCUAAAUGUAAAAAUAAAGUCUUAGAAUCAAUAAAUGAAAUUAGAUUAUUAUGCAUGUUUGAAUAUUUAACUCAUGUGUUGAUGUAGUCCAGGGAGCUGGAGAUCGACGUAUACUGGAGAGACUGGCGAGCGCUGAGUGGGGUGAAGAUUCUGCGGCUCGAGGAUUUCCUGGAUAACCGUCGGCACGGGAUGUGUCUGCAGCUGGAGCCUCAGGGCGUCCUUUUCAUCGAGGUGCUCACCUUCAUAUUUGACAUGAGGAAAGUUUAUUUACUAUGGAAAUGCAUUGAUAAAAAAAUUAGACGCCUCAUCUCUUAAUUACACAAUCCUGAUCUUGUAAUUACGAAAUGAUGUGUCUAAUUUUUUUUCAGUGAAUUCAAUGUGUUUCUGUAGUAUACCACUUUAUUAUUGGAGAAGAAAAGAUGUACUAAAAGAUAAUCCAGAGUUUACAAAAUUAGUUUCCAAAAUCCACUGCCAACACUCGACAUCGUUACACCACAUUAAUGAUAACUGGGUGUUGUGUUUGUUGCCAGGUGACCUUCAUUAAUCCUGUCAUCGAUCGACGCUCCAAACUCCAGAGACAGCGGAGGAUUUUCCCCAAAGAAAAAGGUAAAAGCUUGUAUUCAUAAUGCAGUUUUAGUUAUUUCUCCAGACAUCACUCGUAUAAGUACAUUAAGAAAGGUGAGUUAAGAGGGAUCACAUGGGCUCUCGAUGAAAACGGCAGCUUCAAAAGUUGUUCUGCGUUGUUUCCCAGAUCUCUUUUGGUUUCAGGGAAUUUUUGUCACACUGGAUCAACUCCCUGAUAAUGCAGAGAUAUAGUCCAUGCAGGAUAAACGACCUCUUAGCCAUGCAAUGACUAAUAUAGCAAAUUUAGAAUUAGCCAGCUGGAACCUUCAGGGACUUUAGGUGAUAGAGUAGGUUAGAUCAGUAAAAGAAAGUGUGGUGAGAAAGCUGAAUAAGCAGAGUUAAGUUUGGUAAAGUGAUUCAGGUAAAGUAAUUACAAUAAAGUCGAAUAAAUAGAGUUAGUUAACCGAAAAGAGUGCCAGUAUUUUCCCACGUUCUGCAUGUAGAAUAUAAACAGCUCCGAUUUGAUUUUAGCACAUUUGUCUCCUCACAGGGAAGGACUUCCUGCGUGCUGCUCAGAUGAACAUGAACUUUGCCACAUGGGGCCGUUUGGUGAUGAGCAUCCUCCCUCCCUGCAGCUCCCUGGAGCCCAUGAGCCCUCCGCUAGCUGGCCCAAACUCCGGCUCUGCAUCCUCCACCACAUCUCCUCCGAGGUAAUAAAGAGAGAGUGUGUGAGUGUGUAUGGACACUGUGACCCAGAAACUCCUCUGUGUCACAUCUAAUGGAGGAGCCGCUGCAGAAAAGAGCUAUUAAUUCCCCUUCUUGGUUCCCCUCUGUGACCUGAGGCUGUUUCACUGCUUGCUCAUGAAAUCUGAGACCACAGAGAUGUGAUUACAGCAUUAUUACAGACCUGCCCACAGACGAGCAGUAUGAUUGGUCAGAAAAGGAAGCAUUUCAAAAGGAUAUUUUGGUAUUAUGAUAAUUUAUGUUUCGUUCAGCAAGACCCAAACCAAAAAUAAAUGUGUCUACUCCCAAAGCUGGGUUUAACAUCUUCAUCUGUCAAAAAAAAACACGCUGCCUGCUGCCCCAGAUACUCACCAGAGCGCCAAAUUUGUAUUAAAAUGCAGCUGAAAACUAUUAGCAUAUUUCUUCCCUUUAAAGAUUGAAUGAAAGAAAAUUUUUGCACAGUCACAACCUCGACUCUUAGUCACCAGAGUAAGAUUAAGCAAAUAAAAAGCAUCUGCAGAUGUUUCAGAUCAAUUUUGUGUCUUGCUGUAAGAGUCAUAUCUCUCUCAUCACUUAAACAGACACCUUUAAAGGACUCUUGUUGGUCUCUCCAUCCAUGACUGUUAGACAGUUAAACUUGUUUGUCACUUGUUAUCCUGCUCAAGGGAACUUAAAAGUUUGAGAAAUACAAAAUGGUACACAGCCAAUGUCAGCAUUUAAGCUUAAAGUUGUAUUUUUAAUAAUAUCUAAAUUUUACGAUGACCAUAUGUCAGGGAAUUUUUGAAGUUAAUCCAUCGCACUAUAUCAAAAUUUUCUCAUGUGUAGUAUAAUUAUGAGCUCAGUCUUACAUCCACAACCUCAAAGUAACUUUGUUAGCAGUUACCAUUCCUUUCUGUACGUUUUUAAAGAGAGAAGCCUAAUGGUGUAAUCUCUGAAUGAGAUUCAAACACACAGGCAAACGUUUCAGAAAACUAUGUGAAUAUGUCACCAGGAAAUGAGAGGGCUUUGGACAUGCUCAGAAAAGAAAAGGCCAGAUUUAAAAUGACAGCAGUAUUUUUUUAAUGUUUUUUCUUCUUUCUGUUGCAGUGAGCCUGCUGUGGUAAACCUAAACUUUACUGAUGAACAUCCAUCUCCAUGGCGCACAAGAAAGAGCAAAAAGGACUCUCCUCAGGUGAGAGAUCCUUUAACUGUGACAUUAAAGUAACUCCAGGAGAGUUUAUUCAACUUCUAAGAAAGAGCGAUUGACUAACUUUAUGAUAUUGAAAUUCAGGUCAUCACCUUUCAGUGGUUUUUAUUCUGCCCCUGAUGUUUCUGUGGAGUUUGUUGUCUCUCGUGUUUUUUAGUGAUACUAUAGAUGUCUGAUUUUUCACUUGUGUGUUUUAAAUCCAGUCUCCUCCUGAGAGCAAAAGCCCAAAGCCAAAGAGACUACCUUCAAUCCAGCCAACUCCAAGGUCAGAUUUUCUGAGCUGAAAUGUGCAUGUUGAUCUAUCAUGGUGGUUUGGAGCAUAAUGGUUCAUCCUUUUCAUUGAAAUUCGAUACGAUGCCUGUAAUAAAUGCAUGAUCUGUAAACUGUUAAACUGGAGAGUGGACGGAUCAAACUCCUGAAAUUGACUAAGUGUCGAAGUAUUUGGAGAUAGCUGUGCUGCAAAAGCAGGGACUCUUUUUAAGAGAUCACUAAAAAGAGAGUUUUUGUGAUCUAAUCUGAGCAGCUGGUUAAAUGGAUUUCUGUCCUUUUGUUCUGCCCUGUAGAAAAGAUGCAGGACUUCAGAUUGAGGAUUUCAACUGUAUCUCAGUGCUGGGGCGAGGUCACUUUGGAAAGGUACGCCUCCACUCUUACUUGUUUAAUCUGUUUUCACCUUAAACGUCCUCUCUACACUCUGGAGUAAACGAAAAUGUCUAAUUAGUUCAUGUGAAAUGAAACAAACAUCAAACAUUUCUGCUGAUCCAAGGUGCUGCUCGCAGAGUACAAGAAGUCCGGGAAACUUUACGCCAUCAAAGCUCUGAAGAAAGGAGACAUCGUGACACGAGAUGAAGUUGACAGGUAACAAAUCCUUGAACUUCACAGUGCUAAUCUAUGUUCCUGGAGGAUUUUUUCCUAUUUUUUUGUAUUCUCAGAGUAAAUUUCUGUGCUGUUGAGCUACUAGAGAUGAUCUGAUGUAAAGGUAUUGUGCUGCAAAACAAAUAUUAGUAUGCACAGUAAACCAUGUGUUCACAGGGUUCCCAUGGAUCCUGGAUAACUCUUAAGGGUGUAAAACUUUCUCAAAAUGUUUGAAAGUUUGAUUUUUUCUUGCUAGAGGUCUUUAAUCUAUGGUGACUGAGACUCUUUUAAAUGAUUGAUCAAAACUUCUCUGUGUUGUUCAAUCUUUGAUUGUUUUUUUGUGGAUUUGUUUGUUUGUUCAGCUGAGAGUUGAUAGCAUUUACAGCAGCAUUAAUAUCUCUGCAUCUGCAAACUACAAAAAGAAGGAAGGAAGGAAAUAAGUAAAAUGCAGUUAAAUGGAAUUUAGCCUCAAGCUGAACACACAGGAGAUGGUAUGAGACAACGUGCAAGAAGUGCAAAAACCAGGGAAAUGUUGUUGAACUCGCUUCACCUGCUUUGUUUAUGCUGUCGAAUGUUUCUCUCAAUGUGACCAUUUGCUGCUGAAAAGUAAAAAAAAAAAACAGGCAGUUAAUGAUCAAAAGUGUGUUUUUAGACAUUAAAGACGUGGUCUUGUUUGUUUCUGUGGCAUCAGGAUUCAGUUCAGUCUGUUUGAUAUCUGCUUAAAUCUCCUCACAGCAGAUUUGGAAAGAUCUCAAAAAGAUUUGAAUUCAGUUUUAAAAACAGCAGCCAUGAUGAUGAAUCACCAUAUUUGUCAGAAUCACAGUGUUGUAAAUAAUAAUGUGUGUUUUUAUGUGUCCAGCCUGGUGUGCGAGAAGCAAAUCUUUGAGGUGAUAAACGCCGCCCGUCACCCAUUCCUGGUCAACCUGUACGGCUGCUUCCACACGGCUGACCAUGUCUGCUUCGUGAUGGCGUACUCACCUGGAGGAGACCUCAUGACGCACAUUCACACGAGCAUCUUCACCGAGAAACAGAGCCUGUGAGCACAAAACUCUGUGCACCGUUACACGCUGCGUGAAUGCAGGGUUGAAAUAAUUGUCAACUCUCUCUUAUCUGUCUUAUUUUAAAGGUUUUAUUCCUCCUGUGUGCUGCUCGGCCUUGAGUUUCUCCACCAGAACAAAAUCGUUUACAGGUGAGUCCUCAGAACAAUGACAAAUGACGCUUCAUUCAGCCUUGGAGAGUAUGUUGUUACCUGGUGGUGUCUGUCUGUCUAUCAGGGAUCUGAAGUUGGAUAAUCUACUGAUGGAUGCAGACGGUUACGUCAGGAUCGCAGACUUCGGAUUGUGCAAAGAAGGUAAAAAAUAGGAGAGCUCUGUUUUCAGUUUUUCAGGCUGAAUGAAAUUCCAUUUGAUCGAAACGUGAAACUCUGAUGUGAAUCAGACUUUCAGCCACAGUCAUGAACAAACAGACUGACAAACAUCAAGUGCUUCUUUCUGUGGCUGAAGUUACUCUGUGCAGAUAUUUGUUGGUUCGCAGCAGAGAAGUCUUAGUGAAGCUGUUCUGCCUGCAGGUAUGGGUCACGGGGAUCGGACCUCCACUUUCUGCGGUACACCGGAGUUUCUGGCCCCAGAGGUUCUGACAGAUAAUAACUACACCCGCUGUGUGGACUGGUGGGGGCUGGGAGUCCUGAUCUAUGAGAUGCUGGUGGGAGAGGUGGGUUUAAACAUGAGCUGUAUUUAUCUCAACUGGACAGGAUUUUCUUAAACAUGAAUACGGAGCUGAGAGGACUGAAGAUCAGAGGCAGGUGUGACUCAGAGUAGACCACCUUUUCAGGGUCAAAUAAGAAGAAAAAGGGUGAUAGCAGCACAUUCUGUUUACAGGAAGGUUGAUGGGAACAGCCUGUAAUCAUUACCGUCACAAUCACUCAUAAUUUACCAGUUUGGUUGUAUUUUUGGUUCUUUGAAACCCAGAGAACUGAAGUGUUGAUCAGUGUGCUACACCUUUGUGCUGCUUCAAAAAUAGUGCAAAUACAAAGCGGCUUUCUGACAGCAAAGUGAAACACUGGGGGGGUUUACAGAGUGCCCACUUAACAUGACCUUUAGUGUCAAAUUCACUUUGAAAAUCAUGACGAUAAAAGUUAGGGAUCAUCUAGAUACUUGUAGAAGGAGUUUAUCAGGCUGUGGUGAUGUUCCAGCUUAAUUUAAGAAGUCCUUUGAAAACUAACAAUGUUGUCGGGACUUUUUCUGAACCACAUCUUUUAAACAUUUAAUACUGUGAGGUUUUGGGUUAAGAGCAGACAGAGCAGAGACUCGAAGUAAAGCAUCACAUUUGGUUCUGUAUUUCUCCCUCAGUCUCCGUUUCCAGGUGAUGAUGAGGAGGAAGUGUUUGACAGCAUCGUCAACGAUGAUGUGCGCUACCCUCGCUUCCUCUCUCCGGAGUCUGUGUCCCUUAUUCAGAAGGUCAGUGUCCCACAGAGUCUCUAAUUUAAGAGCUUUUUGAUUUACUUUGAGUGUGUUUCACGCUGAUUCUCUGGUUCUGUGUUCAGCUGCUGCAGAAGAAUCCUGAGCUGAGACUGGGAGCAGGAGAGGAAGACGCUGCUCAGAUCAAAAGACACAAAUUCUUUCAGGUCAGAUUGUCGGCCGAUUCUCACUGAAAUCUCUUUAACAUGUGACAAAAUGUCAGCCCAACAGAAAGGUGAACUUCAGAAUGAUUAGCUCUGACACUUGAACCUUUUUACUACAUCGAUCACUUUUCUUCAUUUCAAAACUCUGGUUUGUUUUGGUUGAUGUUGAUAUCAGGAUUAUCAAAAACGACUAUCCUUGACAAUGAUUUUCCUAACUGCUGCUUCUGUUUUUAACCUUUCACAGACUAUGGACUGGAACGCCCUCCUGGCCAAGAAGGUGAAGCCUCCGUUCCUGCCUGUCAUCAGAGCGCCGAAGGACGUCAGCAACUUUGACGACGAGUUCACAUCCCUCAAACCCGUCCUCACCCUCCCCCGAAAUCCCUGCAUCCUCACCACAGAGCAACAAGAGAUCUUUGCUGACUUUGACUUCUCCUACAUGAGAUGACCGAAGGAAUUUACCCUUAACUGCUGCUGCCAAACCACCACCACCACCAUCAUCAUCACUAUCAACAUCGACACUUUUAUUUACCGUGUAGUGCCUCAUAUUCCUCUACUUUAAAGGAAACAUCAGUCCUGCCUUUUCGCGUCCAUACAGCUCAAUAUUUCCAGAUGCCAGUCAUCCAUUUAUCACAGAGUCCAUGAAACUUUCUGCACUUUGAACUCAGGCCGAGCCAGAUUUGAUGACAAGCAUUUAAGAUUUUAUCCUUUUUGCCUCUGCAAAAUCUAAAUGAACAAGAAUUAAACUGGAAAUCAGAUAUCAUAACAUCCGGGGCCUAUUUUUUUCACAUUUUUUUGGAUCACGACGACUUACAGGUAUGAAAAGUUGUAUAGUAGGUUUCCUCAUCCUGCAGCAGAUAAACACACUGUUAUAUCUGCAACAUAAUCUCUGAUUUAUUGAUGUUUAGUUACAAUAAACUCUUAUUUUUGUUCCUGACAGGCUCAGGUUGUUAUUCUCAGGGUCACAUAAAGGAUCUCUGGGGAAAGAGAGCUUUUAAUUGAUGAUGUUUUUUUAAGCACAGCUGUUAAGGCUACUACACAUGUCAAAGUAACCAUACUCCAUUUAGAAAAACGGUGAUUUUACAAAUCACAGCUUGGAAAGUCUGGGAGCGGCUGAUGGGUUUCUGUGUUGUUGAGUAUUCCGUAAUUAUUUAGUUGUAUCAGUUUUAGCUGAUUGAAGCACCCAGAGUCACACAGUAACACGAACAAACUAUCCUACUGAGGAGGCAGUAGAUCAGUAACUCCCAUGUACUUUGUGGUAAAAUUAGGGAUUUUGUCUAUGGAGUUUGGUGGCUUUGGAAAAAGAGCUGUUACAACUUUUCCUUGUCAUAAAAUCCUCUUCUUCUUUGACAAAAAGCUCUCUCACUGUAACAGUCCUUUAUGUAAUGCUUUCAGACUUCAAGAAUAACAACCUGAGUCUGUCAGGGACCAAAAUAACAAGUUAAGUGGACACACCUUUAUAGAUCAAGGAUUAUGUUGCAGACCUCACAGCUAGUUUCAGAGCUGCAGGCAGAUGCAAAAAAACCUUUGUUGUAAAACAUCCUUUGAGAUCAAAAAACUGUAAAUGAACUGUGCAAUAAUGAUUUUUGCUGAUAUACUUUUAACUGUUGUAACGUCAGCACUGCCCUCUCACUCCAAAAUGUAAAUAUUUAUGAAUUACGUGAAGACAAAGCAUUGAUUGUACCUCCUGCUGUUCACUGUCACCUUUGUAUGUCCAUCCGUUGUCGACAUUUUACAUGUUGUUUAAUGUAAUUUACAAAAAUGACUUUUUAAAAUAACUUUCAUUAAGAUUUUGCCUUUUCAGAACAAACCAGCCCGUGUGUGUGAAGUACAUGAAGGAGAAAUAGGAAUGAAUAAAUGUAUAUAUAUGCUGGACCCUCA